AGUUGUGUCAAGAUGCUUCUGUUUUGGGUCACAAUACAUGUUCUUCUUCAUCAAGGAAAUACUUUGGCUCCUGUUGUCACUGUUCAACUGGGUCAACCUGUGACUUUGACAUGUGUUUUUACCAAGACCACUGGGAGCCUCGGUUGGGUUCACUGGUACAAGCAAACUGCAGGAGAUACUCUAAAAUUAAUUGUAAUGACACGCAAGAAUACAAAUCCCGAUUAUGGACCUGGAUUUACAUCUGGAAAUUUCAGCACAACAUAUUACAACAAAAUGAGCAACUUGACGAUUUGGAAGACCUCCAAAGAAGAUGAAGGAAUGUAUCACUGUGGUCUUAUGGACUGGCUUGGGUCUUCUUGGAAUGGGUCUUAUUUAUUAUUAACAGGAAACAGUGAAACAACAUCAAGUUACCGUGUUGUUCAGCAGCCAGCUGUUCUGGAUCUACAUCAUAAAACCUCUGAGACUCUGCAGUGUUCACUUGUCUCUCAGACUGAGACAGAGACUUGUGCAGGAGAUCCCAGUGUGUUCUGGUUCAGAACCGGAUCAGACAAGAACUCUCCUGAUCUCAUCUACAGUGAUGGAAAAACGCCUGAAAAUUGUGAGAAGACGUCAAACACUCAGAAGAAAUGCAGAUAUAAUUUCUCUAAGAACAUCAACUCCUCUGAUGUUGGGACUUAUUACUGUGCUGUAGCCACAUGCAAAGAGAUAUUUAUUGGAAAUGGAACCAGAAUCGAAAGCGCUCAUUCAUCCUGUUAUGAAGUUAUGUUGCUGCUGGUGAUCACAGGAAUCUGCUUGACCAUUUGUGUGAUUGUGAUUAUUGUUUUAAUCUGUUGCCAAACUCAAAGAACACCAUGCAAAAACUUUAGAGAAAACUCCUCAUCAAUAGCACAGCACAAUGACAUCAAUCUACCAGAUGAUAUGAUGGAUGGAGAUCAUGUGACCUAUGCUGCCUUGCAUUUCUCCGCAGAGACGACAAAAAAGAGAGAGAGGAAGACUGAAGAAGGUGUAUAUUCAAAUGUCAGAGAAUUUAUUUAAAUAUAAUCAUGUUCAAUAAAUUAUAAUGUGGUUUCCAAAGAAACAUGAUGUCAGAUUAAAAGUCCCUUCUGAGAAACAAGUACCACAUUUCUGUAUUAAAAAUAUUCUUAUUUGUCUGAUGUAGUGUUCUAAUAUUAAAUGUUUUAAUUAGUUGUAUAUCACAAAACAUCAUAACUAACAGAAAUAAGCCUUUAUAUAGGUAGUAUCUAUGGCUACUUGACAUUUCAGUAAUAUUCUAAAGUAUUAAAAGGUUCUAUAAUCUAUA